AUGUGUGACUGGUGUGGUGUAUACAAGUGUGAGGUGCAGGCUUGGCGCUGUGUGUGUGUGAACUGCGUGCUGUGUACGAGUGUGAGGUGCAGGCGCUGUGUGUGUGAACUGCGUGCUGUGUACGAGUGUGAGGUGCAGACGCUGUGUGUGAAAUGUGUGCUGUAUACAAGUGUGAGGUGCAGCCACCAGGGCUCUAGUCCUGCAGUAGUGCACGGGAACAGCAUUUCUGAAUUUUUUUCACAACAGGAACGCCGUACCCUUUGGCAGGGUCCGUCGUCCAGGCAGCGACAGGAGGUAGCCCAAGCUGAAGCCAUCACCAAACAAGUUGAGGCAUUGCUCAAGAAUGGAGCACUAAUCCCCUGCAUCUCACGAUGCAAAACGCCUCUGUUCCCAGUGAAGAAGAAAACCACGAAGGGACAACCAGACAAGUACUGUAUGGUCCAGGAACUCAGAGCUGUCAAGUUUUGGACACACCCAUUGUGCCUAAUCCACAUACCCUGGGGUCCAGAAUACCACGUCAGCUACCUACUUCACAGUUGUGGACUUGGCGAAUGCCUUCUUCAUCGUUCCACUACACCCUUCCUGCCACUACCUCAUCGCCUUCACCCACGAGGGUCAACAGUACACAUGGACAGUGAAGCCACAGGGCGCCCAGAACUCCCCCAGCCAAUUUGCCAAGGCCAUGGCACUCAUCCUGAACUCCUGGCAGCUUAAAAACCCGACUGUUGUGCUUCUCCAGUAUGUGGAUGACUUGCUACUCUGUGCAGAUGACUUACCAACGGCGGUAGCAGCCUCAGUGAGCCUACUCUGCUUCCUUGCCAGCCAAGGCUGCAAAGCUUCCACACCCAAGCUCCAGUGGUGCUCCACUUCUGUUGUGUUCCUCGGACAUUGUAUCUCAAAGGGAACCAGACACCUCACCCAGGAACAUGUCACAGCCAUAUAGAAGAUUCCUCUGCCUUAGGGGCCUAAAGCAUUCCACACAUUCCUGGGGCUCAUCUCCUAUUGCAGAGUAUGGAUUCAAGAAGCCUCUCUACUGAUGCAACCUCUGUACGAUGCUUUGAAGACAGAUCCUUUCAGCUUCCGCAGAAGCCAAGUCCAACUUUGUUCUUCUCAAACAAGUCCUUUCCUCUGCACCUGCACUAGGAAUACCAGACUAUAAAAAGACCUUCAAAUUGUUUGUAUCCGAAAGACAAGGCCAUGCCACUGGAGUCCUCACUCAAGCUCAUGGCAACAAGCUCAGGCCCAUCGGAUAUUUCUCUUCUCAAUUGGACCCAGUGGCCAGAGGUGGCCCAUCUUGCCUCAGAGCCGUCUUUGUGACCCAAGCCCUCUUGGACAAGACCUUGGACCUAGUACUCGGACA